AUGAAAAUGUUGUCAUGUCAAGUUUGCGGGUUCAAGACUGAGUCUCGAAUGGUAUUACAGUCACAUCGAUCCACUGUACAUUUCAAAAAUGGCAAAUAUCAGUGCGCUAUGUGUCCCGAGUUUGACACGAAUGAACAGCGACUCAUCAAUCAUUAUCUAGAAUCUCACCUGGUGAUUGCUUCGAAAGACGAGGCACAAGCAAAGUAUCCUUGCCUGAUCUGUGAUGAGGACUUCCAGUACAAGGGGCUCCGAGAUACCCACCUGCGAACUUGCAAGAAAGAUUAUAGUCGUGGCCCUGAUGAUCAGCUGAUGAUUAACCGCUGGCUAUGGGAGCGACCUCCAAUCGAUCCUACAAUUUUGCAGCAGCAGCAGGCAGCUCAACAGCAACAGAAGCGGAAUCAAUUGGCGCAAGCUCAGCAAGCUGUGGCUCAGGCAGCGUUACGUCGUACAGCUGCUGUCCGUGAUGCACAGCAGAAUGCCCUACAACAGCAACUUUUGCAACAACAGCAACGUAUGCGGCAGGCAGCUGCGAUGAUGCAGCAACGAAACAUGAUUGGCCAAAGCGGUAACAGUCUCAUUGCAGCCAUGCAACAGCACAUUCAACGUGCCAACCAACAGCGUGGAUCAACUACCGCGGCGACUACUGUUGGCUCCUUGGCUGCUGCAACUGCAUUGUAUCAGAAGAACCUUGCUGCAAGUCGCAAUGCUCUCCUUGCAAAUGCAUCUGCCUUGAGAAAAGGACCCCCUAUGAACACUGUCGCUAUGCAGAAAGCCCUCGCUAUGGCUAAUGGUGGUCUUUCAACGGCUGCAGCGUCGGGUGCAGCCACGUCCACUGGUGCAGGCCAUGCUCUGGGAAAUUCCACAAAUGCUGGUAGCGGUCCUGGAAUAUGUGAAAUUUGCGAUCAAAAUAUGGUCGACCGCGAACGUUACUUUCAGCAUUUGCAGCUGAUUCACAAACAUCUUCGGGACAAGACUUUGGACGAUGUAAAAUUAGGAGCUCCAUUGGCCUGUAGCCGAUGUCGUGAACGGUUUUGGACAUACGAAGGACUUGAGCGCCAUCUUGUUCGUAAUGGCUCAUGGACUGGUCACUGCCGAUCCUUUUGGCGAAAGCGCAGAACAAACUUGAUGGCGGAAGAUCAAUACGCUUUCAAUAUGUUGCAACAUUUGGUGGCUGACCACCACAUAAAGCUGUGCUCGGCUGAAAUUAUGUAUUCUUGCGAUGUAUGUUCUUUCAAAUGUAGCAGUUACACUACUUUGGAAACUCAUUUGAAUGCAAAUCAUCCGAAGGGAGCUACUGACAAAAAUGCAGGAACUCCAGCUGCGGAUUCGGCAUCAGCGUCAAACGGCACUACAAAAAAGAAAGACGCCCCAAAAUCUUCGGAAGAUGAUUGCAUCACGCUGGAAUGA